CUACAGGGAGGACAAAUGAGUUGCUAGCAGGAUUUGGUUGGAAUACUUUCUGAAGGUGAUCGGCGAACGCAUUAGCUCUAUCUUCGUCGCUGCGUAUCCAGCUUCCAGAGGGACCUCGACGUGGAACGACUGUUUCUGCCGGUGGCUGUAUGCUUGGCAUUGUAGUCACCGGCCGCUAUGAAUCGCUCACCGAGUGAGUUGAAAAAUUCCGAGAAUUGGUCCUCAGAAACUACAAAACGAGGUGGGCAGUGGAUUGCAGGUAGUCCAUUUUAGUUCUGUUAUAAAGGUGGUGUUUGAUGCGACUUCUGAUAAGUAUACCAGUGCCCCCAUGGGUUUUGCCGUCCGGAUGGUUUGUGGCGUAGAAUAAGUAUCCUGGGAUAUGUAAGUUGUGCUUGUCUGUUAGAUGUGUCUCGGUGAGGAGCAUGACGUCAAUAUUUUUUUCGAGUAAGAACUGGGCAAGUUCAUUUUUAUGCCGUGAAACGCCAUUCGCGUUCCACAUAGAUAUUUGAAGUGGAGACAUUAUAUUGAUUUGGAUGACAGAAGAAGCUGUAUCAGCAUAUUUUGGUUUCGCAUAAGCUCUUGCAUUGUGGUUUGCAUGAAUGUCAUAAACUCUUUUAGGGUUUGCUGGAGUGAGAUCAUCAUCGUUUCAAUGCCAGUUGAUAUAUGCUGCGUUUGUUCGUUCAAGGUGGACCUAAUUACCAUAAAUCACAGGUCAUUUAUACAAUUCCCUGUUCACUCCGAGUCAUCUGUCCAAUUAGUCUAAACUACGGCGUUUCCGCUUCGUAAAUUUUACACCACUUUUUCACCCAUUACAUCCUAUACGGUCUUUUUCCGCUGCUUUAUACCUUUAUACCGUUCACGGCGGCAUGCUUAAAUUUAUUAAGUGCAGUCCGAGGAAUCUGUCUACUUUUUCAAAAGUGUGACCGGGCUCCAAAACCGCUUCCCUUCCAUUUCGUAUUUCUUCGAUUAUGCCCAUCGGGGACGAUAAGAAGAAAUUGUCCGCUGACAAACCCAGGUCCAAGAAUCCCAAGCAUUUCGGUGAAAACGCCUGCGCAGAUUUCCGACGACUGUGCUACUCCAUCCAAAGCCACAGUACAGCGCACAGCUAAAAAUAUGGCUGCUUCCGAUCUAGCGCUAGCCAAAUUCAUUUCGGUUUCUCACCGCUUAAACGAGUUUGAGGCUCAGAUCAACUCUCCGGAAUCCGCAGCUCCAACCGUCACGAUGCUUGUCGUCCGUCGCGACCAAGUCCGAACCCUAUGGGACAAAGUUGAAAAGGAAUUCGACCUCUGCUCAGAGUGCUUUGUGUCAGCAGGCGAAGCGGCAGCAAGCAACAUGCCUAUUCUCAUGGCUAAAUACAGUUAUUGCUAUUCAGUCUAUGAAAGGUGUGUUGCCCAGCUCGUUGAUAAAAUCGAGCAGGGCACGCCUCAGUCCAUCCCAGCCGCGAACGCUGCGCCCCAGGCCUACAUUUCCUCUGGCUGUCGGUUGCCUCCAUGCGAUACAGAAGUUUUCGCAGGCGACUUUCUUCGCUGGCCGACUUUCCGGGAUCUUUUCACAGCCAAUUAUAUCAAUAAUCCACGGCUGACUCCGGUUGAAAAGUUAUUCCAUUUAAAUGCCAAAACAAGUGGCGACGCUCAUGCCAUAGAUUCGAUUUCGCCUCUCACCAACGAGGGUUUCCGCUCUGCGUGGGAAAACCUAAUAGAGCGUUUCGAAAAUAAAUGAUUGUUGGUAAACAGUCAAUUGAAAAUACUGUUUAAUGUGCAGUCGAUACCACAGGAAUCUGGGGCGGCCUUGAAGGUACUGCAAAGUACUGUUCAAGGAUGCUUGACUGCCUUAGAACUGUCAGGCAUCAACACUGAGAACUGGGACUGCCUGCUGGUAUAUCUGUGUUCAUCCAUGCUCCCGAAGAUAACUCUCUCCUUAUGGGAGCAGUCGCUACAUAAGAAAGCCGACAUCCCGACAUGGGGAGAGCUGAACACCUUCCUCACAGAACGUCAUCUAACCCUAGAGGCCAUCGAUGAUGUGAGACCGUCCGUACCAAGUCAGUCGCACUCCAAACCGAUGAAAACCAUCCUGUCCGUGGAUGUCCGCGUUUUCUCCAAAUGUCGGUUGACGACCGGUCAGACUACAUUAAACGGAAGCAGUUAUGCUUAAACUGCUUUGCAAUGGGACAUCAGCUUCGUGAGUGCAAAAGCACGCACAAUUGUUUUACUUGCCGUGGCCGGCAUCACAAGUUGUUGCACCGAAACAACCUUUUUUCCAGCAAUUCAA